AUGGUUCGCUGUGGCGGGAAGCCAGAAAAGUUAGUCGAUCUGUACUUCGACGAAGUGGAUGAUGUUGAAGUGGACGAGCCCUGCCACAUUUCAGCCGUGGAUGCAAAGCCGGUGCUUUCGCUCUCAUGCUCCUACAUGCUCGUCUUGUGCCUGGGGUAUGCGGUGACAGGUGCACCCAGUGAUUUUGAAGGCUUCCAGUUGCCUUCCACGGUGGACCUCAAGAAAGCGGCGAUUAUCUUCGUCUUAGGCGGUCUGCUCUUCGCGGGCUCCGUGGCUUUGGUUUUCUUCUGGCGGCCACGCUACAGCGAGCAGUCCUGGCGGGCGAAGGUCCGUGAUAUGGUCUUGUGUACACUGGCGAUGGCCUUCGGCUGGUGCAUCAUUCAUGCUGUGCGCUGGACCAAUACUGACCUGAGCAAGCACCACGUGAUUGGGUUCCUGCCUGGAUCUAUGAUUCUGCACGUGAUCACAGCUUUCGUCAUGUCCCUGCUCGGCUACGUUGUCGUGCUGUUCUUGGACAAGCUUGAAGACUUGUGUCUGACUCGUUUCGGAUCGCUUGGCCGAUCUUUCAAGAGUGCCGUCACAGCUACCGGCCUCAUUAUUGGCAUUUCCUGGGAGACGUGCUUCGACAAAGCAGUGUCGAUCGUCGCGCAUGGGCAGCGUGAGAAGGAAGUCGUGGAGCCGCUGCUGGUCGUGGUCCUUCUGCUCCUGUUGGUGCCUGCCUGGAAGAGGUUUGUCAUCACCAAGCAGCUGCACUUCGAAUCUUUCAAGUUCGAGCGCAGGAGCCAGUCAUAUCUCAAGAAGGACAAUGACACUCUGCUGCCACAGUCAUCCAAAGAGGUGAGAGCCGGCUGCAUGGGAUAG